AUGGGCAAUAUGGACCCCCUCGCAAUAUUAUUUGCAUUCAGCAUUCCUGCGCAAUCCAACAACACGGACCCGACCGCACCAGCCGCCGCCCGUAGGCAAAAUCCACCCGACCCUCGCAAGCCAUUCUCGACGGUGCCCUUUCCACCCGAUCCCGACUUUGUCGACCGUCCCGAUAUCCUGAAAUGGAUGCAUGGAAAAUGUGCCAGACCUGCUUCUCGUAUCGCGCUCGUCGGCCUUGGCGGCAUAGGAAAAUCGCAGCUUGCCAUUCAAUAUGCGCAUCAAGUCCAACAGCGCACGCUCAACACAUGGGUCUUCUGGGUGCAUGCCAGCACUCGAGGGCGAUUUGAGGAGGCCUACCGGUCGAUCGCGGACAGACUCGAACUGCCCCGGCGGAACGAUCCCGAUGUUAAUGUCUUUCGGCUGGUAAGCGAGUGGCUCCGCGUCGAGGAGAACGGCCCGUGGGAGAUGAUCCUCGAUAACGCCGAUGAUGUCGGCGUCUUCUUCUCAACUACACAGGAACGACUUGCCUCGUUCUUACCGCAGAACUGUAAUGGAUCCAUCGUCGUUACAUCACGAAACAUGGAUGUAGCAGAAAGAUUGGUAGGCGGUUGGAGUAACAUCCUUACGAUCCCAGCGAUGAAAACCGAGGAAGCAUGCCAACUUCUGCAAGAAAAACUCGAGGUUGGCUACGACGCUGGAGCAGCUACCGAUUUAGUCCGUACUCUUGACCAUAUGCCUCUUGCCAUUACGCAGGCCGCCGCUUUCAUCAACCGCCGGGCACCGCGAAUGUCCAUACCCACAUACCUAAAUGAGUUCCGGGGGAGCAACAAAAAUAAGGCAAGCAUCCUUAAUAAAGAUGCAGGCGACCUCCGUCGGGACGAGAGCGCCUCUAACUCGAUCGUCACUGCAUGGCAGAUCACCUUCGAACAGAUCCGUCGCGAACGGCCGUCAGCCGCUAACUUACUCUCCUUUAUGAGCUUCUUUAAUCCACAGGGAAUUCCCGAAUCCGCCCUCCAGGCCUACGCACGUAACCACAAGGAAGAUGUUCUUGAGGAUGACCUUGAGACCCUUCGCGGAUACUUAUUAGUGGCGGUAAUGGCUGAUAAAGAAAUAUUCGAAAUGCAUGCUUUAGUGCAAUUUUGUACACAGGUGUGGCUAUCGUCAUUUAGCAAUAUACAGCAGUGGAAGCGGGAGUUUCUAAAGGUCAUAUCAGACCAAUAUCCAUCAGGAGAGUAUAAAAACUGGCCAGAAUGCGAGAGAUUGGAUCCCCAUAUUGAUAAAAUUCUUAAAGAGGAGCCAAAUAGUACUGAAGAUGUUUUAAGGUGGGCCACGCUGCUUACCAACGCAGGAUGGUAUCGGUGGAUGAAGGGGAUAUAUGAGGAGGCUAGGGAGAUGAAUCAACAUGCUCUGGAGACAAGGGAGAGGUACGAGGAGGCGGAGCAGAUGAAUCGACGAGCUCUGGAUGCUCGGGAGAAGGUGCUCGGCAGAGAGCAUCCUUCCACGCUCACGAGCGUUUACAACCUAGCCUACCUCUUCCACAGACAGACCCACUUCUCAGAGGCAGCCAAGCUGUAUCAGAGGGCCUGUAACGGUUAUGUGGAAGUUCUUGGAUCUGAUCACCCUACUACGAGAGCCUGUGUGGCACAUUACCGUUCUUUGAGGGAAGACAUGGCGAAUAAUAUGCAAAAACGGUAA